AUGAAGUUGAUCCUCUCUACUUCAAACCUGAUGCAGGGCGGUCGCCCGUCAGUGAUCCGCCAGCCACUUUCUCAAAAAUCGAAUAUAGAAUUGAUCACGUCGCUGCGCGCGAACUUCCUUGCGUCGCAACAAUUGGCGACCGGCCACCAAUCUAACGGAUCCAACGGCGAUGCGAACGGAUCGCAGAACACAGUGCAAGACUAUAAGGCAUGGACCGCGGAGCGCGACGGAACCCUCUACAUUCCUGCACUGGACUCCGCCCAGUCCGGGCUAUCGGAGGAGCGGUCGCAAUACGAUAUCACCGUGAAGCUAUUCUACUUGCCAGGGGUUCCCGUAUCUAGGAGAUGCGCACACACAAGGGAGGCGAUUGAUCUGGUAUUAAAGGAACUACAUGUGACGUCUAUCGACCUGCUGAUUGUCUCGUUCCCGGGAAUCCUGUUCGACGCAGAUGAUGACAGCGAGGAGGAAGAAGCGGGGAAACCGGACGACUUCGACAGUAUAGUGCAGACAUGGUCAACCCUAGAGUCGCUACACGCUGAGGGCAUGAUUUCCCAGCUGGGUGUGGCUGAGUUUGGCAGCGAACGACUCGCGCGGUUCCUGCCCCACACUAAGGUCAAGCCCUCGGUGGACCAGAUCAACUUAAAAGACUGCUGCGUCGUGCCGAAAUCCUUGAUUCUUUAUGCCAAGCAAGAACAGAUCCAGCUCCUGACACAUAACGAUUGCAAUGACAUCCUCCCCGUCGGAACGACGCGGGAACUGCUCGGUCCAGGUGACAAGGGUGCGGGCAUUCUUGCAUCGGCCCCAAAUAGCCCCGAUGGCAUCCAAGGAGAUGUCGAGCCCCAGUGGGUGGUGAAAUACACAGCCGUCGUCAAGGACCGCGGCGUGGUAGAGAAUAAGGGUACUUUGCUCUUGCAGAUGUUGGCACAUGCGUCAAAAGCCGGUCAUGAAAGAGAGAUAAGCUUGGACAUGCAUAACCCGGCAUCUUCCAGGGAGGACCUGCGCCGGAAUUCUACCUCGAUAUAUAUACCUUCGGUACCCGUCUUGGCCCUCUAUCAUGAUUCCAGCGAGGCGUUUCAUUAUUCGUUUGUGCAUGAGACAGGAACUCUUAUCGCAUAUCCGGCUCGGUUAACCCAGCAUGCUGCGCUUGCGGCCUCUCAUCCGUACAUCCUCCAAUCUCUUUAG